AUAUUAGCUUAAUGGAACCAUUUUUCUUUAAUUAAACCUUCCCCCUCUCACUUUCUUCUCUGUGCUCUUCAGUGCUUGUCAAGGGCAUUCUUCUUCUUAUUAUUAUUAUUACCAUUAUUUAUUUAUUUAUUUAUUUUGUUGUUGUUGCUAUCAAGUUUUUGUUUUGGUAACAAAAUUCUCCAAAAUGGGGCAUCUAGAAGGGCUUCUCUCUGUUGAGUUGCCCUCGGUUUUCUUCAAUUCAUUGUGGGUAUAAGUAUAAUUGUGUUGUUGUGGGGGACUCCCAUUUGAGAUUCUGCAAGUGGGUUUCUUUUUCUUUUCUUUCUAUUUUUUUUGUUUUGUUUUCUUGUUGGGGAUAAUAAAAAUGGGUAAUGUGAAUGCAAGAGAAGAUGGGGGUGGUAGUUCAUCUGAGGCUGAGGAAGGUGGUGUAGAAGGAGGUGGUGGUGGUUCUGAGGAAGGCAUGGCUGCACCUGGCGGAGCUCAUGGUGCCUCUGUUUCUUCUCCUGACAUGAUGGGUCUCCCUCCUCAUAGCCCAAGAGCGACCCAGUCGCCUCUGAUGUUUACUCCACAAGUCCCUGUAGUUCCACUACAAAGACCUGAUGAGAUGUACAAUUCAAGCCAUUCAUGGAUGCAAACUGCUUCAGGGUACGAAGAUAUGUACAGUGAGCAAGGAAUUCCAACAAUGAUUACAUGGAGCUAUGAUGGCAAGGAAGUGGCAGUAGAGGGAUCGUGGGAUAAUUGGAAGACACGAUUGCCUCUGCAGAGAUCAGGAAAAGACUUCACUAUAAUGAAAGUUCUGCCGUCUGGUGUUUACCAGUACAGGUUUAUUGUCGAUGGACGUUGGAGGUAUGCCCCUGACUUGCCCUGGGCCCAAGAUCAGGCAGGAAACGCUUAUAAUGUUGUGGACUUGCAGGAUUAUGUUCCAGAAGACAUUGAAAGCAUUUCUAGUUUUGAACCUCCUCAGUCCCCAGACUCGAGUUAUAACAAUAUGCAACUUGGAUCUGAAGAUUUUGCCAAGGAGCCACCAUUGGUGCCUCCACAUUUGCAGAUGACUUUGCUCAACAUGCCUGCAUCCAACAUGGAGAUCUCACCUCCUUUGUCAAGACCUCAACACGUUGUGCUUAAUCAUCUUUACAUGCAAAAAGGGAAGAGCGGCCCAUCGGUGGUAGCACUUGGGACAACUCAUAGGUUUAGAGCUAAGUACGUGACAGUGGUGCUCUAUAAGUCAUUGCAGAGGUAAACACAUACAUCUAUGUCAACAUUUGUAAUCUUAAACUCUUUUAUGUAGUUAAUAUAUUUUAAGAGGUUGUUAUCCCAGCAGCUAGGAAGGAGCAUAAAAUCAAAUUCAACUAUUUUACUUCAAGUAAAGCAAUUGCUUAUUUGCCA